GCGCCUGCUCGCCGGCCCCGCGGGGCUUUAUAGCCGCGGCGCACCUGCCCCCGGCGCUUCCGCAGCCACUCGCGGGCUCCUUGGCAGGCACCAUGCGGCCGCUGCUGGCAGCCUGCGUGGCCCUGAGCUUCGUCGCAGGGAGGAAGGCCGAGGACAUGUGCGGCGGCCCCCCAGCGCCCGCGCAGCCGAGCCACUCGAUGUCCUCGCCGCGGCUCAGCGCCGAGGAGACCCACUCGGCCCACAUGCCUGAGCACCUCCGCUGCGACGCCUGCCGCGCCAUCGCCUUCCAGAUCCGGGAGCACCUGGGCAAGGCCGAGUCCAAGCGGUCGCCCAGCAGGAAGGCGGGUGCUGAGCUGCGUGAGUCCGAGUACAUGGAGGCGCUGGAGAAGAGCUGCUCGCAGAGCUGGGACAGCUACGGCGUGCUGGAGGUGAACGGGGAGAAGCGCCUGGCGGGGCCGGGGCUGCUGAGCCAGGAGCCCAUGAGCGUGAUGAUAAUGGGGGGACCAUGGCCGGGCAGGUUGCACAAGAUGUGCCACAGCUACGUGGGCGAGCUGGGCGAGGAGCAGCUCUACCAGGCGCACCGCAGCGGGCCCGCCGCGCUGGAGGAGCUGCUGUGCCACGGCGCCAAGGGCGCCUGCGCCGGGCUGCGCAGCGCCAAGGGCCGGGCGCCCGCCCCCGCCAAGGCGCUGCAGAAUGAGCUGUAGCCGCGCGGCCCCGGCGCGGGGGCUCCCGGCAUGCCAGAGCGGGGGGGCACAUCCUGGAAAACAAAAGUUUCCCUGUUCCCUCCGUCAACGUGUGGCUCUUUCGGAAGCGGCAGGGCUCAGCGUCACUCCGGGGAAGUCGCAGGGCCCCGCUCCGUGUGGCGGUGCCGGCACCACCGC